UGGAGAUGAACUGACAUGCAGCUACGAUCAACCAGCAGUUUGAUGAAUCUGUAUAGAGAAUAAAGUGAAGUGAUCAGAUUUAGACUGCUGUAUUUCUACAUGCUCGCUGGUUCCGUUAAUCCGCGCUGUGAGGAGACGGUUCUCUGUUUCUCAACUUUUUGGACUGAACAAUAUAGAGCUGAGAUUUGAAAAAGCUGGGAGAGGAAUUAAGGAGCGUCUGUAGACCCUCACACUGAGACCAGUGGGGCAGGCUGAUGGAUGGAGAGGGUGAUCAGACGAAUGAGUGUGAGGAGCGUUUAAGGGAAGUGUUUAGGAGUUUUGAUGGGACCGGAGCCGGUUCUCUAAGCCCAGAGGAGCUAGUUGAGCUCUGCAGUGCCCUACAGCUAACGGACACAGCGAUAGACUCACUUCAGAAUGCACUGUUUAAUACACCUGACCAACUAGAUGCACGGGUUGAAUUUGAGCAAUUUAGGAACGCUUUGAUUGCAGUGUUCUCCCAACCUGAAGAGACGCUAGCGAAUGAGGAAAAACCUCAACAACCAGACUCCCCGGAAGUGCAGCCACGUUUCGUGAAGGGGACGAAGCGUUAUGGUCGUCGUACCACACCGGAGUUCUCGAACUCCUUCACAGAAGUUUCUCCCACGCUGACUUUGGAAAUAGAGGAGGAAGAAGCUACAAGAAGCAAUGAUAGGAACUUUUCCAUCGAGGAGGAGCACUGGAAUGAUGAGGUCAGCAGUCCUGAGGAGUACGAGGCCGAGGGUCAGCUGCACCUGUGGAAUCCCGAUGAACCCGGUACACCACGUGGCAGCACUGCGCCCCUCAGUGACCUGGAGGAGAGACUGCAGAGUGCCUGCCUGCAGCUCUCACUGCCACUGCACGACACAGCUACUUCACAACAAUUACGCACCCUGUGUCAGCACCUCGGCCUGGAGGUAGGAGAAGAUGCCUUCCAGUCUGCAGGUGAGAUGAGCGUCCAGGAGUUUGUGACCUGCAUCCAAAACAACAACAAGCCACCUACACCCUCUGCAUCCACCCCCUACAGACAACUGAAAAGGCAUCACUCUAUGCAGCCGUUUGAUGAGAUGGGUCGCAGGAUCUCAUCUGUGAUGAGCAGUACAAUCGGACUACGUCUGUUCUCUGAACUGGAUGAUGGAACAGGACACACAGCUGUAGAGCUGCUUCUGGAUACCUGGCUGGAGGAGGGAGUAGAGAACCGAUCCCAGAUCCUAAAGGCUCUAGAUUUCAGUCUUGAUGGGAAGGUGAAUCUAAACGAACUGACUGCAGCUUUGGAAAACGAGCUGAUGGUCACAAAGAACUCCAUCCAUCAAGCAGCACUGGCUAGCUUUAAAGCCGAGAUCAGAUAUCUCCUUGAGCGUGUGGAUCUGGAGCUCGGGGAGAAAGAGAAAAUCCGCUCUGAUCUGGAGAAAGUUGAGAAGCUCAAAAGCCAGAUGGCCUCAGAGGUGGAUGAACAUCACUCCACCAUCGAACGCCUCAACCAUCUUAACCUGCGGAAGUUGGAGCAGGAACAUAAGGAACGUGUGGUUGCUCUGAGGACUGAGCAUAGCAAAGAGCUGGAGCUUGUGCAACAACAUGCUAAUCAAAAGAGAGAGGAGCUAGAACAGGAAAUCAAUAGGAUCAAAGAGGAAGAGACCUUCCUCAGAGAUCGUCUUACUCUCACCAUUAAAGAGAAUGGACGUCUGGAAGCAGAGCUGCUGGACGGUAAAGAACGGUUGGUGGAAGCAGAGGCCCAGAUGAUUAAACUGCAGAGAAACCUGGACAGUGUGCUUCGGGAGAAGUUUGGUGAUCUGGAUCUGAGCAAUGCCGAGUUCUAUCAGCAGGAGGAGCGUCUGAGGCAGCUGCGCAACAGUUACGAGGAGCAGUGUCGGGAGCUGAAGGAUCGUAUAGACGAGUUGCAAGCACAGCUGGAUGAGUUUCGUACUCUAGGUCAUCCCCCACAGACCUCCAUCAUGCCCUCUUUGUCUGAUGAGCUGGACAACGAGCCCCCUGGCAUGGAGUUGGAUCAAGGACUGGGGUCUGAGGAAGGGCAGCAGUUUAACUUGAGUCUGGAGGCAGAGAUGUUGCUGGAACAGCUAAAGGAGCAGCACGUUAGAGAGAUGGAAAACAUUUGUGCACAGCUAAAUUCCACGGUGAAUGAAUGUGAGCACAAACUGACUGAACAAAAAACUACACAUGCAGAGAAGUGGAGUCUGCUCUCCUUACAGCAUGAACAAGAAGUAAAGACUAUGAGGCAGAAAGUAAAUGAAGCAGUGACCCGAGCUGAAGAUCUGCAGGAGCAGUUAGAUCAGGAGAAGAGUAACAUCGAGGCUCACCACAGUGCGGAGCGUGCUGAGCUACAGGCACUCUACCAACAGCAGGUCAGCUCAAUCAGCCAGGAGGCAAAGGUAGCAAUGGACCGGGCACUACAGCUGGAAGAUCAGCUAAGGCUACUUGAAGAACAAGUGAGCGAGGUGGAGGAGAGCAGGGCGAGGGAGCGGGAUGAGUUAAACAGGGCUCAUGCUGAGAAGCUAAGCCGGUUGGAGCUACAUUACCAGGAGAUCUUGGAGAGCAGUCUGCAGACGGAAAGAGAAAGGCUGCAGGCCGAGUGGCAGGAGGCAGAAGAGAGACUCAAGGAUGAGAGGGGAAAAGAAAAGAAGCAUCUAGAGCAAAUCCAUGAGGAGGUGCUGAGGGUUCAGCUUAAGGAGGUAGAGCAAAGAGCCGAGCAGGAGCGUAUAAAGCUAGAGAACAGGCUUAGGCAAGAUUGGGAGAUGGAGAAACAGAAUCUGGUGGAGGAAAAUAAGAAAGCUGUGCAGGUAGCGCUUGACGAAGAGUUGGCACACAUGCAGAAGGAGCAGGAGGCGGUGGACAGGAGGCUCAGAGAGCAGUGGCUGCAGGAGCGUUCUCUCUUAGAAGCACAACACAGAACUGAGCUGAAUCGAUUACAGGAGGAGGAGAAGCAGGAACGUAGGAAGAUUGAGGAGUUAGAAAUAGCACGAGGUCAGUUACAGGAGCAGCAUGAACAGGAGAUACAAGCCAGGUUAGAGGGGCAGAGAGCAACGCUGCAGGCUGAAAUAGAGACGCAGAAAAGACUGCAGGAGGCUCUGAGGAAAAAGCAGGGCCAGAUCAAUGCCGCACAUAGGGAGGCUCUGCAUGAGCUGAGCGCCAAGCAUCAAGAGGAGAGAGAGAGACUCAGCUGCAUGCUGGAGAAACUACGGACAGACAUCUCAGAGGAGAGGAGGGAAGCUGGACGUCUCACAGAGGAAAACCUCGUUCUGAGACAAAAGAUCUCAGGUCUGAUGGAAGAAGAACAGAGAGAGAACCAACAGGAGCUGCUACUCCAGGUAGAGCAACUCCAGAAGAAAAAGAAUGCUGCUCAAAAGAUGGCUGAUGGAUAUAAGAGACAGAUUUCAGAGCUGCGUCGACGUGGGAAGCAGUUGGAGGAGGAUUACAAUGCUUUAUCAGAGCAGAACGCUAAACAUGCACAGAGUGUUGACACGCUUCAACAUACACUUGAUGAAGUGAUGCAGCAACGUGGCGCUGGUCAGCUGGACACCGACGAAGACUUUGUGGGGUCAGCUAGCAGAACGAAGAAGCUAGAGGAAGAAAAGAAGCUUUUGAGAGCGGAACUCAACCGCUGUGUGGAAAAGAUGGCUCAGCUUCGUUCAGCAGAAACUCAGCUGGCUCAACUCUUGCAGGAGAGACAAACAGCAGAUAAACAUAACCAAGCGUUACGUACACAGUUAAUCAAAGCACAGGACAAGGUCCAAGCUUUGGAUUCCACACUGCAGGGGCUGACUCAGCAGAACGCUCGUUUCAAAUCAGACCUGCGGAUCACAAGUCAGGAGCGAGAUGCUCUCAAACAGGAGGUGAUCUCGCUGCACAAGCGGCUGCAGAAUGUUAAUGAGAAGUGUCGGUUGGUGGAGAAGUCCGUGUCUGGUGUUGCAGGAUUGCAGCGAGGGAAGCGUGUGUGGGCCGAGCUGUCUGGGCUCAUGGAGGCGGAGGUGACUUUGCUGCGUGAAGAGAAUCAGCGACUGCAGAGAGAGAUCGACAGUGCCAGGCUAGAGCUCAGUUCUGCACGGGAAAAGGCUCGUCAGUUGGAGUCGCUGGUCUUGAGUAUGAAACAGCAGAAGCAGCAGAAUCAAAUAAGUCUGGCUAAAGCAGCAGAGCAGGAGAGAUCUGCUCUAAAACGUGAAAUAGAUGCGUUACAAACACAACUACACAGCAAGCUGUGUAACAGCAGUGAGGAACAGCAAGAAAUUGAAAAUCUUCAGGAGCAGAAUGAAAGGCUGAGAAACAAACAGACAGUGUUGGAGGCUCAGCUGAUGGAGGCUCAGCUUAUUGCGAUGCUGCCACCAUCACCAAUUCGAUUGUCAGGGGAACUGAGAGGACAGCUCCACGCAGAUGAGAUGAAUCCAGACAUAAAUGCGCAGGUGAUUCCAGAGCAGCGUCCUCAUCACAUGGACAGUCACUGGAGAAGUGGCGGCUUAUGAAUUUACCAGUCUGUUUCCUCCAGCCUUCCUGCUGUACUGUCCAAUCGCUCAACCUUUGCUUUUUUAUUAGUUGCUUUCUGCUGUACCACUUUUUAUUUUCUGCUCAAUUUCUGGUUAAAUGUUUUUAUUCCAGCCUGGUCCAGGCAUUGUGUACUGGCCUGAUCUUGCCAUUGCAUUGUGCAUAUAACUGCCCUGUUUUAGUAUUCAGCAGUGUCUCAUUCAUCUGCUAUUCAUAGGCUUUGUGCACAAUUUUACAUGCACAUCAGCUCAAAAUGUUCAAACCUCUUAAAAUUAUGUGACUGACAGGGUAGAAUGUAGGGCACAGCAGUCACAUUUUUGUACUCUGAUCAGUUGUGUGAUAUGCUCCGUUAACAGGUUACAGUACUUGAAGACUGAACGUAAACUGAGAAGUUUUAAACUGUGCUGGAUUUGCUUGACAAAUGAUUUUACACUCCAAUACACUAAUUUACAUCCUGAAAACUUGAACAUGUGCGUUUUGGUUUGUUUUAAUUAUGUCUGUUUUGUUAAAGGCUAUUUAUAUUUGAAAACUGCUCAUUUUGUUGCACUUAUUUUGUGUAUGAAUGUGUCCGCAAGACAAAUAAUGUCUGUUAAACAUGUAAACUGGUUCAUUAUCAGUGUUUUAUUGUCACCUCCUGUAUUGUGUAAAAGUUCUCGUACAUGUUUUGAGUUCUUUUUGUUUUUGGGUCAUUUGGAGUAAGCAAUUUCUUAGCUAGAGUCUCAUUAUUUAUGUUCCUUUUAUUUAUGUAUUUAAGUUAACGUAGAGAUUUUAUUUUUAUAUAUUUUAUUUAUGUUGGAUUUUUAUUAUUCAUGUUUUAUUAUUUAUUGUGUUUUUGUGUUUUGACUUAAAAGUAUGAACUGUAAAGCAGAAGCCAAAUAAAGAA